AGACCCGCUCUAGGGAUCCACAGAGAGACGUCCCUCUGAGACCUGGGAUGGAGGAGACCACAACCUUCCAGCUCCCCUGGGCCCACCCCACCUUUCCAUAUGUGAACAGCACCUUCAGGAAUCCCUACCAGCACGGAGAAGAGAAUGGAGCCCAGCGUGGAUGGAUAGGAGUUCUCUUUGCCAUCCUCUUUGGUCUGGGAUUCCUACUCGGAGUAACGGGCAAUGGCCUGGUUAUCUUCAUCACCAGCUUCCGGAUGACGAAGACGGUGGUCUCUAUCUGGUACCUCAACCUGGCCGUGGCCGACUUCAUCUUCACCUCCUUCCUCUCCAUUGAGGUGGCCUAUGCAGCGCUGAACUUCCACUGGCCCUUUGGCCAGACACUGUGUAAGAUCCACAGUGCAGUGUCCUUUCUCAACCUUUUCGCCAGCGUCUUCCUCCUCACCAUCAUCAGCAUCGACCGCUGCGUCUCUGUGGCCUGGCCGGUCUGGGCCCACAACCACCGCUCCCCCCGGCUGGCUUUCUGGGUGGCUGUGGCUGUUUGGCUUGCAGCUCUGGCUCUCAGUGCACCAUAUAUAAUUUUCCGGGACAUUAGGAGCUUCCCGCUUGAAGGGGACAACACCAUCUGCUACAACAACUACAUCCCAAUGGGAAACGUCACUAGCAAGGAGGUGGCCAUGUUGUGGAAGCAUCGACACCAGGCCAUGGUGCUCACCUGCUUUGUUGCUGGGUUCUUGGUGCCGUUGGCCGUCAUCCUGACCUGCUACGGAGUCAUGGUGGCCAAACUGAUGAGGAACCAUCUGGUGCACUCUGGCAGGCCCUACAAGAUUAUGGUGGCCGUGGUGACGGCCUUCUUCCUCUGCUGGUUCCCCUACCACCUCUCUAACCUAUUGGCCAUGUCAGCAAAAGGGGUGAAUCCAGCAAUACAGGUGCUCCUUGAUGUCGCGCUUCCCUUGGCCUACCUGAACAGCUGCCUCAACCCUGCCCUGUAUGCCUUCAUGAGCUGGAGCUGCAAGGACACGCUGUGGCGCUCUUUGGUCUUGGCCUUCCAGAUGGCCUUCAGUGAGGCUGAGACCCAGGUCAACCUCCCCAGAAAGAGCCAGGACAGCAGUAGAUCAGAGGUGGAAUUGCCCCCAUUAUGAUCAGUCUACUGACACCUCUCCCUUCCCCAAGCUGAGGAUAGAAGCCCAGGAGUCCUGGCUCCCAACCCCCACCUCCCUGCUCCAACCCACUAGACCCCACUCCCCUUCCCUGAGCCGGGGAUAGAACCCAGGAGUCCUGGGUCCCAUCCCCCACACUCUAACCUACUAGACCCCACUCCCCUGAGCCGGGGAUAGAACCCAGGAGUCCUGGGUCCCAUCCCCCCCUUCUAACCUAGUAACCCCACUGCCUUCCCCUGAGCAGGGGAUAGAAUCCAGGAGUCCUGGGUCCCAUCCCCCCCCCCCUCUAACCUACUAGCGCCCACUCCCCUUCCCUGAGCUAGGGAUAGAACCCAGGAGUCCCUGCUCUAUUCACCGGACCCCACUCCCCUCCCAGAGCUAUCACCUAGCUUGGAUGGAAUCCUGUGUGAGGCAAACAAUAAAGGCCUCAGUUUUAACGUCGAUUCUGGCUCUGUUUUUCCGAAAAGAGGAACCAGCAAGGAAAGAGAACCAGAACCUGCCACUUCCCCCAAUUUACAUUUGGCCACAGGAUUAAGGAGACUCGGCCCUCUGGGGUCAGGAGUUCAGUUCCCAGCCUAUAAGCCAGGACUUCAGACCCGGAGUUUCCGAUGCUGUAAAAAAAUCCUGCAUUUGUCUGUUUAGAUGAUAAAAUCUUUGGGACUGAUGCCCAGUGCCCCUGCUCUGACCCACUAGCCCCUCUCUUUCCCAGAUCUGGGAAAGAACCCCGGAGACCAAGGCUAGAAAGGGUCAUUGUGCUCAGACUGCAGUCUGACCUCCUGGAUAACACAGGCCAUAAAAUUUUCUUAAAAAUUAUGCCUAGUGUUUAUCUUUCAGAAAAACAUCCAAUCUUGAUCUAAAAUUUGCUAGUGAUGGAGAAUCCAUCGCAAUUCUUGGUAAAUUGCUCCAGUGGUUAAUUAUCCUCACCGUUAAGUGUUGCCUGCCACAAUCUAUCUAUUGAGUCCAGAGAAGGAGGAGCAGGGCCAAGUU